AUGUGCCAAGAAAGCGGCGAGAAGUCGACGGAAUGUUGUGACGUACCGCUCGAUCGACAGCUCAGUAUAGAUCCGCUCGCAGAAAGGGAAGCAGUUCGUCGAUCCGAUUGGAUCAUUCUUCCCAUCACCUUUGUCUACUCGUUUCUGAGUCAUCUCGACCGGUCCAAUUUGGGCAAUGCGCGAGUUGCGGGUUUACAGGAGAGUCUUAAAAUGACGGACUUCCAGUUUUCAGUUGCUCUCACGAUGACUUUUGUUCCAUACGUUGCUGCCGAGCUGCCAAUCAACUUGGUGCUAAAAAGGAUCGGCGCAAAUAUCAUGAUACCCUUACUGGGCCUACUCGUCACAAGGUUCUUUUUGGGUGCCGUCGAGGGCGGUUUAUAUCCAGCUACCGUACUCUAUGUCUCAAAUUCCUACAAAAGCAGUUCAAAUGUCGUUCGAUAUUUCUCCUUGUUUCUCUCAACCGCGGGCAUCUAUUCUGCUUCCCCAACUCUGUAUGCUUGGAUAGCCAAUAAUAGUGCGCCUCACUACCGCAAAGCCACGGCUAUCGCAUUGGGACCUAUAGCCGCUAACACGGGCGGAAUUGUUUCGACAUGGCUCUUUGCCAGCUCACAGGACUCCCAUCACCAGGCGGGCCCCAUCGUUAACUUGUGCUUCGCGGCUGGUAUCGCAGUUUUUUGCAGCAUCAACCUCGUCUGGCUGAGAUCUUGUAACAAGAAGAAAGUCGCUCAAAUAGAAGAAACAGCCGCCUUGACGGAAAAACGACAAUCAAUAGUCAAGAACAUUAAUCACGAAGAGUGGCUCAGACUGGGUGAUAAAUUCCAAACCUUCAAAUAUUCUUAUUAA